GAGUGACGUUUCAGAAGCUGGCCAAUGAAAGAGCCCGAGGCGAGAAGACGCGCGUAGAAGCACAUUACCAUCUUGAAAACUAGAUAGUCUUGUCAAGUGACACAGCUUAUUGGACGUGGGUAAGCUGAUAUAAGCGUGUGAACAGUGAGGUGUGUUUAUACAGGAUUGUAUGCCUUCUGAAGUUGCAAACUAAGCUGCCAGACGAAUUUUAUUUGACAGGUAUCGAAAUCUGAAUGUUAAGGGUUCGUCGAUCGUGCUCGCAUGAGUUGAGAGAAAAUCGCGAGCAUGGCGGAACUGUCUUUGCUUGUCAGCUGUGACUGUGGUUACCGCGAUGUUCGUGAAGGCGUCAAGGCUCACCAGAAGACGUGCGACGUCAGCAUCGUUUCUGCCCAGCGUCACACCACUGCAGUGCACGAUCGUGUCUCAAUGUCCGACACGACAUCGCCUGGCGACGCUGUGCCGAAACACGUAUCCGUCAAAACCAGGACAGAUGAAGAAGUAGAGGAUCGUAUAUCACAGGCUGUGGGCGAGUUUGGGCGAUGGCAGCUGCAGCUGACUUUCCUCUUGUCGCUCUUCAACAUCCCAUGUACAUGGCACAUAUUCGCUCUUACGUUCCAGUCGUUGCCUUCAGACUUCUGGUGCGCGAAACCACCUAACCUCGGAAACCUCUCGGUGGACGAAUGGAGGAACAUCUCUCAUACAACAGACGCAAAGGAUGGCAAGGGAAGCUACAAUCCCUGCUAUAUCUGGGACGUGGACUACUCAACUGCGGCAUUGUCUGGUCACAACAACGUUAGCAGGGCCUGCACACAAUGGCAGUUUGACAGCACCGAGUUUGGAGAAACGAUUACGGAAAAGUGGCAUCUGGUCUGUGACAGGGCACAGCUCGUCAACGUAGCAGAGAUGAUGUUUCUGGCCGGAGUCGCUGUCGGAGGGUUGGCGUCGGGUAUGGUGUCUGACAGGUUUGGACGGAAGAGGACUCUAAUGGGCUCGCUGGUGCUGCAGAUCUGUCUUGCUGUGAUCAUGGCUUUCUCUCCAUGGUUCGAGCUGUACCUCAUCCUCAGAUGUUUCCUCGGCUUCAUCUCCGUUAGUGUCGUCUUCAGCGGAUUUGUUUUAUGUAUGGAGCUGGUGGGAGGGAAGUGGCGGACGGUAUCCGGAGUGUCUUACCUGUUCCCGGUGCCUCUGAGUUACAUCACUAUAGCCGGCAUCGCGUACUUCGUCCGGGGCUGGAAGGAACUACAGCUCGCCAUUACUCUUCCAUCCGUAUUGCUUUUCGGGCUCUGGUGGGUGCUGCCCGAAUCUCCUCGCUGGCUGCUGGCUCUUGGUAGAACGGACGAAGUAAUGGUCAUUCUACAAGAAGCAGCACGGAUCAAUAAUCGUCCUCUGCCACCGAAUUUGGAUAAGUUACUCCGCCAGGACACGCUCCGCAAGGAACCAACUGACCAGCCCAAGGCCGGCAUCAUGGAUCUGUUCCGAACUCCCAAUAUCAGAAAGAACUCCUUGGUCUUAUACAUCAUCUGGUUCAGUGUGUACCUUGUCUACUACGGCCUGGUGCUCAAUCUUGGCAACAUCGGGGGAGACAUUUACUUAAACACAGUUCUGUCUGGCAUUGUAGAGGUCCCUGCUGUCGCUAUUAGCAUCUUGUUCUUACUCAAGAUGGGGAGGAGGUGGCCGCUGUGCCUCACACUAAUGGGGAGUGGCGUCGCUUGCUUCCUGACACUCGCCAUACCACCAGGUGACAAAAGCUUGCAGUGGGUAACCAUCACCUUUGCGAUGGUCGGCAAGUUCUCCGUCUCCUCAUCCAACGCGGUUAUGCCAGUGUUCACAGCGGAGUUGUUUCCGACCGUGGUGCGGAACCUGGGGGUCGGAUCGUCCAACGUCCCUGCAGGGAUAGCCCUGAUGCUCGUUCCCUAUCUCUGGAACCUGUCUGGGAUGGACGAGCGCGUACCCAUGGGUGUGUUGGGAGCCUUCGGAAUUGUGGGCGGUCUGAGUGUCCUGCUUCUUCCUGAAACGGGAGAUAGACCCAUGGCGGCAACUCUGCAGGAGGGAGAGGAGUUGCCAAGGUCUAAAAGGACGAGCUCUGCGGAAAAACAGAGAAAGAUAGGCAAUGAUGGCAACUGCAAUGGAUCGUUCGCUUCUUGAAACGUCCAUCUGAAGAAAUCUACACCGGCAUUAACUGGUAACCUGAGUUUGAGGACGGUAGAAGCUGGAUAGCCCCAGUUCUCUGCGUUUCAACGAAGAGGUUCAUCACUAUCUGUGCCAAGGGCGGAAGGACAUUUAAAUGAAGCUUUCUCAACUUCUGAAAUUCAGUCUUGGACAAAACCAUGCCGCAAAGUGAAUCAACAUUACUUACAAGUCAAAAAAUGUGUUAGCAUAACAGAAUGGACAAGUCAUUAUCUUCAAACAACGAAGUAUCUUAUUUCCCGUUUUCGAAAUAUGGCCAUGUCAUUUGCAUGUAACGGCCCCACAUUGGGAGCCUUUUGUGCAGUCACCACACUAUUGCAUUUGUCGAUCUUACGUGGAAAUUAACUCUCGAUAAGAACGAACACAACUAUAUGUAAAAAUUCAUAUUCGAAUAUAUAGAUUAUCAGUUCUUAAAACGUAAACUAGAGUGUAAGGACGCCAAAGGACUGUAGGAAAAUAAUUUAGCUGUGUCGCAUAACACAUAAUAAAGAGUACAAGUCGAUAUUAAAUUCUCUACAUAUUAACUCUUUAAAGCCCAGUAUAUGCCACCUGCUUUAACAGUCAGUAAUUCUGAAUUUUGUUUUUGUAAAUUUCAUAUGAUUCUCACUGUGAACAGUGGUUAUUUCCUUAAAGAGCAUUAACCAGCUAUCUUUGUAAUGGUGAAUUGAGGUGUUUUCUUUACGGUAAGGACUGAAAUCUUAACUCUUAUCCAGACGUGCUUCGGCUUCAAAGGGUUAAUACACACUCAUAACGAUAUACAAUGAAUAACUUCAAGUAUAUUAAUAUUAUAUAACAAUAGUAUUUAUUUGUAACAGCAGAGGCGUUAAAAAUAUUACAUAUGAAGAAAAUCCCAGUAAAGACUUCGUUAAAACAAUUACUUUAACUCUAUAAAGGUUUAGAAUUACGAAUAUUUCUUUACGUUCUACAUCAAGGUAAAAUUGAAUUGUAAACUCGGAGUCUUAAUAAACGCAAAACAGUCGUCAUAAGAAAUGUUUCUUCGUUGUGUUUCGCUUUAAAUAUAUAUAUAUAUAUAUAAAACAAAUACCAAAGAAAUUUAUGGAAAGAGUACGCUUCUUGAUGAUCAUUUAUAUAGUUGUGUCAAAAUCGUAAGGAUAAUUACGAACGUAGUAUAAUUCCUGCGAGGAAAAUUAAAAUGGUACUGAAUCUAAGUGGCAGUGGUGAGGUGAGACAUUAUAUUACCUGCCACCGAUUAAAACAUAGGCUUGACACUCUUGAUCUAAAGACUGGCUGUCUUCAGCAAGUAAAUUGUACGUGCCAGCUCAGUUACUUUUAAUCAGUUCAAUGAGGAAAUUCAAUCAACAAAUACCCGGUGCUAGGUGAAAAAUGUUCUGAUGAGAAUUAUUGACCGAUAUCAAAUGGAAUAAUAACGUGUAGCCAUAAUCCCGCCACCUUAAUAGGUAUGGCCUUUGACGAGUCCCGACAAAAACAUUCAUAAUUGACCACUUAAUAGUUACGUUACAGAGCUAAAAAUAUCUGCAAGGAUUUUGACCGACUAUUAUACUUUAACGACAGCAGAAGUUUCACCCGUUCAGUUGCGCUAGCUACUUAAUGGAUCAAAAAAAUCUUCCCCGAAAGAAAUGCAAAAUAACUAAGAUUAGACUCAGUUUGUUGGAGAACAGAUGCCUCAUAACCACAGAAAAUAUUUGUGAUAAUUCUGAAAAGUUUAUUAUAAAAUAUGCUAAAUAACUGUGUAAAUAACGAGUAAAAAACUAAACAGGACAUAUAAUAAUUAGACUCUUGACAUGUAAUCACACAGUAGUCAUAAUAACGCUCUCUCUCUUGCUAACAGCCGUGUCAGGUGGUUAAAAGGGGGAGAACACCAACGUUUCGAGAACCAUUUCUGCCCUCAUACCCGGUGGGUGCAGCCAAGUUCUCGUUUUGCUGUUCCAGCUAUGGUUUUUCGCCUUUCAUGGCUGGUAGCCCGAGAGAACUUUAUUACAUCAAGUUUCCGCGAAAGUUCCAGAUCAAACAUAUAGUAGUUACGCUCUGUUUUCCAAUGUAAACUACCUUAAAACACAAUGAUAUUUGUUGAUGUUUCAUUCCUCUGGCUAACAACGCCGUGUGGAUUUGUAGGUAGAUGAAAACAGUACGUUCCUACGAAAUGUUAUCUUCUGCAAGUUCACACGGCGUUACUACACAGGAGAUCAACAUCCACAUCAUCACUGCCGUGAGAAAUCUCAAAAGUCACAAUGAUAUUUUUAUUUUCUUCGUUUUUAAGAGUUAUGUGCUGUAAUAACGUCUACAAAGAAUAACGCGCUCCAUAUUACUUAUUGAUAGACUGGGAUUCAGUGCUCUAAACAUAACACUAUAUAAUUAGCUAAUUACAUAUACAUAUAUGUAAACAUAUUUUGUACUUAAUAUACUUCUCUUUAUUGUGUACUUUAAAUAGUUUAUAAAAUAUUAUGGAAUAUAAAAUCCUGUUUUUUUUUGUAAAACGUUAUUUAUUGUGCAUUUAUGUAAGUACUUGUGGGUUAAACGCAUAAAACAAUAAUGUUGUUAUACUGUAUGCAAAUAAAACUUGGUCUCCCAUA